AUGACAGAUACCCAUGAAUUUGACGAACAACUAGAAUACGAAAGUGAUGAGGAAAGCGAAAAUUUUCAUACAAUAUAUGAAGAUAAAUUUGUAGACAUACAUUCAAACGGAGAAACUGAGGAGGCCGAUUUGAACAACGAGGAAUAUAUAGAAGAAAAUCUGAAAGAGUUAAUAGAGAGUGAUCUGGAGGGCAUUGAAGAUGAAAAGUUGAUCGAAAAGCAAUACGGAGAAGAAUUCAUCUCAGAAGUAAGUAAAUUGGAAACAUCCGGCUCUGUUGUUGUGGAUAUCUCAGAGAAUAAUAUAAGUAUUAAAGAGAGUACGGUGGACAAUACCUUAAGUCACAUAAAUGUUGAAGAUAUUGAGGAGAGAAACGAAGUUGAAGAAGGGGAUGGCAAAGCGAACGAUACGAAUUUGGCGGUUGUGGAUUCGAAAAUCGAAAAACAUAAUGAGGGGACAGCUGAGAAAGAAACAUUAAUAGCAACAAGUAGCCAUUCGUACGAUGCUGUCAACAAUAAUUACUUGGACGAGUUUACUGACUCUGAAGAUGAGGUUGAAAUAACUGAAGUCAAAGAAAUACGAGAUGUUAAUGGUAAUAUCAAGGGUCAAUUUGAAGACGAUGAACUAAUAGAGUACGUUGGCGAAGAACCUUUUAAGGAGAAAGAGGAAAAAACCGUAGUUAGUUCAACUGAUGAUACUGGUAACAACAGAGGGUUUAAAGCACUGGAAGAAAUCCCGGUUUAUUUUGAUUUCUGUGAGCUAUGUGGUGGGGGGAAAAACUUGGAUGAAGCAUGGUUGAAAGAUGAAAUCAGGGUUGGGUUUGAUUUUAUGAAAUUAUUCAAACCUGCAUGCCUUGAAGACGAAUUAUAUUCCGAAUUCAACCCAAUAUUUGAUUUUGAUGAAUGCAUUAGCCUAAAGUUUUCCGAUGUUUUCCAAAAAAUUGCUCAGUUUUUGAGUUUACAAUUAAGAGACGUAAAUAUUCAUUUGACUUUUGGUGACUUGAACAAUCUUACAUUGGAAUCUGAUUCUGUGAUGUCUAACAAUUUACGGAUAACAGAUUUGCUUGAAACUUAUAGAUGUUUGAAGGAUGAAUCGCCCAACUCCGAUUUGUACAAAUUUUUAUCAGUUCGGGUUUGGUGUACUAGAAGUCUUGAGAAGCAACUACAGUUAUUGCAUACUGCAAAGGACUGUGGUUUCAAACUUGAAAACAUCAAUGAUUUGGGCAUCGAUAAGAGAAAGUAUAGUGAGCUUGUUGAAGAUACUCGAAGCUGUAAACGCCCUAAACUCUAA